AUGGCUCUCAAAAAGAAGGAUUCGAUUUGUUCAUCUCGAUAUUAUACUCAAAAUGUAAAUGAUUCUUAAGAGGAUGAUUGGAAGUUCAUUCGUGAUGCUCAAAAUAUUCUAAGGAAGUAGAAAUCAUAACAUGUUGAAGAAUUCGUAACUCCAUCCAAAGUUAGAUUUGUAAGAUAUUCAUUUUAACAAACUUAGUAAAAGAAGUCAAAGAAAUCUUUACUAAAUGAUGAUUCAUUUUAAAGUAAUCGUUUUUUAUUAUUAUUAUUUAAUAUAAUGAAUAUAUUAAAAGUAUUAUUGCUUGUGUUUUUGAUACUCAGUGUGACAGCCCAACAACUGAGAGGAAACAAUGAUUAACCGGAAGCAUCAUCUGAGGUUAAGAAAUGCUCUUGUGGAUCUGGAAAAACUACAACAGGUGGAUAAGGCUAGAACAAAGUUUCAUUACUUCAAUAUUAGGAAGCUUUAAAGAAGUUACAUGACGGAAUCAAAGAAGCCUCUUCUGAUUUUAAGGCUAAACAUAUAUGAUUUUCUAUACAUAACCAAGAAAUUAUAUUCAUAAUUUUUCUUU